UACUUUUUUGAUAUACUACUCAGCAAUCGAUCUAUAAAUUUGGAAAAAUCGGACGACGAAUCAACUGAUAUCUAGGGUUUAUGAUGAUUUUCCAUGACAAAAAAUCAUAGAUCUGUAUGUAUUUCUUGAAUCUAUAUACUGAAACCGAAGAGAAAGAAACGUUGAAGAGAAACUGAAAGAAAGAUUUGAUUAUUUGGUUGAGGGAAAAAAAAUGUAUAAAUCGAUUGUGUAUGAAGGGGAAAGAGUACUGGGAGAAGUGGAAGUAUAUCCACAAAAUCAGCACGGUGUCGUUUUUGAGAAGGAAGUAUCCAUCUCUCACUACUCCCAACCGAGUGAGAGGUGUCCACCACUUGCAGUGCUUCACACUAUUACUUCCACCGGUGUUUGCUACAAAAUGGAGUCCUCCUCCAAGUCCCAGAAUCAGGACUCGCCGCUGAACCUUUUGCACUCUUCCUGUCUCAGAGAGAACAAGACUGCAGUAAUGUCACUUGGAGGGGAAGAGCUCCAUUUGGUUGCCAUGCAUUCUAGGAAGCAUGAUGGACAGUGCCCUUGUUUUUGGGGAUUCAUUGUUGCACCAGGACUUUACAAUUCUUGUGUUGUCAUGCUAAACCUAAGAUGUCUUGGCAUUGUUUUUGAUCUUGAUGAAACACUUAUAGUUGCCAACACAAUGCGCUCUUUUGAGGAUAGAAUUGAUGCUCUGCAGCGGAAAAUAAGUUCUGAGGCUGAUCCACAACGUAGUUCUGGUAUGCUGGCAGAGGUUAAGCGGUAUCAGGAUGACAAGAUUAUAUUGAAACAAUAUGCUGAAAAUGAUCAGGUUGUUGACAAUGGGAAGGUGAUUAAGUCUCAGUCUGAGGUUUUUCCAGCUUUGUCUGGCACUCAUCAACCUAUUGUUCGCCCACUUAUACGGCUACAGGAUAAAAAUAUUAUCCUUACUCGUAUCAAUCCAUUGGUUCGUGAUACAAGUGUCCUGGUGAGACUAAGACCUGCAUGGGAAGAUCUCCAAGGCUACUUGACUGCUAGAGGUCGAAAGCGUUUUGAGGUUUAUGUAUGCACAAUGGCUGAAAGAGAUUAUGCUCUAGAAAUGUGGAGGCUUCUUGAUCCAGAGUCAAACUUGAUUAGCUCAAACGAGCUAUUGGAUCGAAUUGUGUGUGUCAAGUCUGGCUUAAGGAAAUCAUUGUUCAACGUUUUUCAAGAUGGAAACUGUCAUCCUAAGAUGGCAUUGGUGAUUGAUGAUCGUCUAAAAGUGUGGGAUGAGAAAGAUCAACCUCGAGUGCACGUUGUCCCUGCAUUUGCUCCAUAUUAUGCUCCUCAAGCUGAAGCAAACAAUGCUGUCCCAGUACUGUGUGUUGCGAGAAAUGUAGCCUGCAAUGUCAGAGGUGGUUUUUUCAAAGAAUUUGACGAGGGUCUAUUACAACGGAUUCCUGAAGUUGCAUAUGAAGAUGAUGUGAAAGAAAUGCCUUCUCCCCCUGAUGUCAGUAACUACUUGAUCACGGAGGAUGAUGCUUCCUCAUUGUAUGGAAACAAAGAUCCACUUGGUUUUGAUGGGAUGGCAGAUGCUGAGGUGGAAAGGAGAUUGAAGGAUGCAUUUUCCGCUUCCUCAGCAGUCCCUUUGCCAAUCACUAAUUUAGAUCCAAGAGUUGUUCCUCCUCUACAGUACACAGUAGCAUCUUCGUCUAUUUCAAUUCCACCGGCAGCAUUACAAGGGCCAGUUAUGCCUUUUUCCAGUAAGCAGUUACCACAGGUGUCCCCAUUAAUCAAAUCAAUGACUCAAAUCGUCCCUCUAGAAACUACCUUGCAAAGUUCUCCUGCUAGAGAAGAAGGUGAAGUACCCGAAUCUGAAUUAGAUCCUGACACGAGGAGGAGGCUUCUCAUUUUACAACAUGGUCAAGAUACAAGAGAUCCUGCCUUGAGUGAACCUCAGUUUUCUGUACAACCUCCAAUACCAAUACCAAUUUCUGUUCCACGGGUUCAGCCGCGUGGAAGUUGGUUUCCGGUGGAGGAAGAGAUGAGCCCAAGACAGCUGAACCGAGUGGUACCACCCAAAGAAUUUCCUCUAAACUCAGAGGCAAUGCAUAUUGAGAAACACCGACCUCAACAUCCCCAUUUCCUCCAUAAAGGGGAGAAUUCUAUCUCAUCCAAUAGAGUUCUCGUUGAAAGUCAUCGGCUGCCAAAGGAGGCUCUUCAAAGAGAUGAUCGGUUGAGGUCAAACCAUUCAUUGCCUAGUUAUAAAUCUUUUUCAGGUAAGAUAUGA